AUGGAGUUGAGUUGCAAGGAUUUCAAGGUGGGGAAGUGCGAGGGCGAGAAGCAGAUCGACGGAGAGACUCUGCCGCUGGUGCUGCAGCCUCCGAGCGAGGGCAAGAGCGAGGUCAAGUCGUUGCUGGAGGCCUUGGAUAGGAACAAGGAGUGGUUCGACGAUAUGAUCACUAAGAACAGCGCUGUUCUCUUGAGGGGAUUCGACGUUCAGAAUGCCGUGGAGUUUAACGACGUCAUCGAGACCUUCGGUUGGGAGGACAUCCGGUACGUGGGUCCCGCUCCACGCACUCACGUCCACAAGAGGGUCUGGACGGCUAACGAAGGCCCCCUCUCUGAGUUCAUUUACUACCACCACGAGAUGGUCUUAAUAAAGGAAUUCCCAAAGAAGGUUAUACUAUUUUGUGAAGUACCAUCACCGGAAGGCGGUGAGACGCCUUUCGUACCGAGUUUCCGGGUGACAGAGCGGAUGGUGCAGGAGUUUCCGGAGAUGGUGGAGGAGCUGGAGAAGAAGGGGCUGAGGUACACCUUCACAGCUCUGAGCAAUGACAACACGGGGUCGAUGAGGGGUCGCGGUUGGCAAGAUGCCUUCGCCACCACGGACCCUGCCGAAGCCGAGAGAAGGGCGAAGGCGUUGGGGAUGGACGUGGAGUGGCUGGCGGAUGGCGGGGUGAAGACGAUACUGGGGCCGAGGUGCUUGACAAGGGUUUUUGAGGGCAGGAAGGGGAGGAGGAUGUGGUUCAACACGCUUGUCGGGAUGCACGGGAAGGACCUCAGCUCUGCCACCAUGGCCGACGGGUCUGAGAUACCGGCCGAUGUGGUCAAGAGAUGUGAGGAGAUUAUAGAAGAGGAGAGCAUCCAGUUCAAGUGGCAAAAGGGUGAUGUCCUAUUCUUGGACAACUAUGCUACACUUCAUGGUAGAAGGCCUGCACUUCCACCUAGAAAGGUUUUGGUUGCUACUUGCAAAUAAGAUCCCAAUCACCCCAAAAUAAGAUGCUCUUUAUUACCAAAACAAAGCCCUCUCCUCUCCUCUCCUCUCCUCUCAUCGCAGGGCAUAUAUACAUGGGCAUCUACA